GGAAGAGCGCAUCAGAGAGCCCACCCCUGCUCAUCCGAUGAACCCCUGUUCGCGGUUGCAGAAGCCUGCUAUGGAUCCGGCCUCUUUUACCUCCGUAUUCCCAUGUGGCUCCGCGACACUGUGCCUCGCGCUCAUUUUUUGCAUUGAAGUGCUCGUCUGAGCUUAGGACUACUGCCAUCGACGACACGUCACGGUCCUGGAUAUUCCCCUAAAGUGAUUCCCGUCUGGCAUCGAGCGGCAGGAGUUCGGGUACCGUGGGCGUACAGGUUUCAUGUCGCUCCGGCGCAUUCUGGAAGUCUGAGCGGCCGGAACGGCACUCCCAACCGCGACAAUGAGGACUGACUUCUUCGAGUGCCUUCCUCGGCCGACGGCGCUUCUCCUCUUGUCCAGCUUACUCGAGCUGACGAGCGCCUAUGCAUUAUUCAAGGUGCCCAGGCAGACGCCAGCACCAACAAUAACCAUACCGUAUCGACCCCUCAACGUCGUCUCAUGGCCAAUCCAGCCUACCCCGCCACCUGGGAAUCGAUUUGCUCUGCAUCGUCGGCAGGGGAACACGGUGUGCGGAUACAUCGGAGGUGAUUCUGCUCUUCCCGCAACAUGUGGCGCUGGGUCCCAUUGCGUGUUAGACACAGAGCAUAACGUGGUAGGCUGCUGCCCUGACGGCGCGCCCUCGUGCACGGCCGGUGUCUUCACGGGGUGCGUGGAUGGAAACAGCGGCCCUCAGACCGAGGUGAAUCCGUACGUUUACAGUUGCACGGGUGGCAAUGUCUGCUAUAAGAACGUCUUCGAGGGCGGCUUCUCCCAGUUUGGUUGCGGGACGGCGAGCGAUCUGGCCGCCACGGUGAUGAACAGCGCGAGUGGGAUCACUACCGCCCUCACUCGUCCCACCGUCAGCGUCUCGUACACACAGAGUAUCAGCACCCUCAGCGAGCCCACAACACUGGGCACUAUCACUAGCAAGUCUAUCUCCAGCGAAUCAUCAACGUCAUCAUCGUCAUCAGCUACCUCUUCAUCCCUAUCGACAUCAACCGUCGUUGCCAACUCAGCGGCCACGUCUUCCUCAGCGGCCGCUGCGUCAACCGACUCCGGCCCUCGCACGGGCGCGAUAGUCGGCGGCACGAUCGGCGGCCUAGCCGUUCUGAUCGCCCUCGUCGCGCUCGCCUUCUUCUUCCUCCGACGGCGCAAUGCCAACGUGCGCCAAGGGCCCGGACCAGGAGGCGUCCGCGGCAAACACAUCAGCUCACCCAUGGGAAUCGGCGGCACAGGCUUCUCAGCUCUCGCGCAGGACCACGACGCCUUCGAGACCGGACCGGGACCCGCCGCCGCCGGCGCGUACAACCACCCGCCUGAGAUGACCACCACCACCACCGCAUACGCAGGAGCAGGCCCGGCCUCACCCCCGCCAGCCGCUCUCGCACACCGCAGCAUGCUCCCGCCCAUCACCACCGGCCCGCCCAUUGCCACCCAGAUGGAAGUCUCACCCGUCAACGACGACCCCCUCGACCCGGACAACGACCGCUCUCCGUUCGCCUACGCCGGCGCGGUCUCGGCGGGCGCCGCCUCGAUCUCGUCCUACCCGCCCUCCUCCAGCGGCGGGAUCACGACGGCCAGCAACGCGGUCAGCGAUGCCCCCGCUGGCGGGCUCUACUACCCGGGCCAGUACCCGGCCUACCCGGCCGCGUACGCGGGCGGGUCCGGGCUGAUGAUGGGCAUGAACCCGCUGCUGGUCCCGGCUAAUGGCCAGAGGCAGCUGGAGAGCGACCAGGUGCCGCUCACGAGGGAGAUUGAUGACUUCUCGCAGGGGUUCCAUGCCGCGCUGGGGAGGAUAGGGGAGGAGGACGAGGAGGAGGGGCAGGAGACGCCGUAUAAGGACCAUGUCGCUUCCUCCGGGGCAGGACAGGGUCAGCAGCAGCAGGAGGGCGCGGUUGGUGGGCAAGGAGGAGGAGACCACGGGGGUGGGACGCAUGACAGUUCCGGCUCGGCGACGUCGGCGCUGUCCAAGCCGCUUUGGCAACAGAACCGGCGGCAGAGUCGGAAUCUAAUGUGGAUGUGAGGCAAGUUUACCUUACUGGAUGAGGAGGGAAGCGGGGGUCUAGCCGUGAGUAUACGAUGUCAUGCCCCCCUUCUUUGCUGCUCUGUGGCGUUUGUGGAGCGGUUCUCCCGGGUUAUUGAUCGAGAGCCAGCGGCGUUGGGCACUGCAUUUUUCUGGGACACGGAGCAUCCGGUCUGGCUUUUUGUUUGGCUGGUCGACCAUCACAUGAUGCUUUGGACAGCACGUAAUAUGCUAGAGUGCUUGUACAUCCAUAGUCGGUUCGUGUGGAAUAGAAGUAGAAAGCAUUCGUCUGUACAGCCACGCACAACCUCGCAUCACCGGGGUGAGACGAUCCUUCUUCCCGACGACCU